AUGCUGCGACUCAGGCAUUACUCAAUAGAGGUGCAAGGCUUACAGAAGUGCCCAAACAACCACAAUAUGAACCAUGAAUACAAAAGAUCAGAAAUGUCCGUUCGUUCUUCUCCACCUGAUGACAAAGUGCCCGGUCUCAAUGAUAAUAAAAGGCUGAAGGAUGUGGCUGAACUAAGCAGGGUAAUUCGAAAAGGAUUGAAUAAGGGUAAGACUUGCGAGGAUGAUCGUGUUGAUGAAAGUGAUUCUAUAGAAGUGAAAGAUCUGGGCCAUUCAUCUAUGGGGGGCUAUUUGCUCUUCUUGUGCAACCUUCUUCUUCAUCCUUCUGCGGAUCCUGCAUUUUUUUUACUUCUCCCAAGGAAAGUAAUAGUCAAGAACUAUGCUCCCAGGCAACAACACCAGAAAAAGCUUUGCAAAAAUGACUUUUUCACUCUCUGA